CGAGCCAUCAAAGGCGCGUUUCCAACACAGACCUGAGUUUGAAUGUUAAACCGUACAUAGGAUUAUUAAAACGGAAGGUUUACGGGGAACGAUUUACGUAGGAAAUGCAUGCAGAUUAGCAGCGAUAGGACAGUGUUGUACACGACUUUUUGAGCUGCGUGGGCGCAAGUUGUACGGCAUUCUAAUCUAGUUAUGCAACCAAACAAUUCCUUUCGCACAAUGGCCAACAAAAAAUAUUUAUUAAAAUUAAUAAUUAAUAAUUAAUAAAAUAAGAUAGAGAAAGAAAUUAAAGCUGGCUAGCUAGCCAUCUCGUUCACUUGCUCUCUUUCUCUCACUCACACCCGCACUGUCUUUCUUUCCCUAUCCGAUCUUUCUCUCUGAUCCUCUCGCGUCUUAUCGCAACGAACCUCCUUUUUUCUUUUUUUUUUUGUUUUUUUUUUGGGCACCAAGCAGCUGUGACUCUCUUUAAUCAAAUCAUUUCAAAGGACUUUGUUGGCUUUGGCUCCACCUUGACUAUUCCCACGUGCGUUCUCUCACCCACCCAGUCCUCACGUGUCACUCUCUCUCUCUCUCUCUCUCUCUCUCUCUCUCUCUCUCUGCCGCAACUUUGCAGCUUUUUUCUUCAAAACACUUUAAACUCUAUUGGAGUAGAACAAGGUAAAAACCAGAGACCCCUCACUGCUCUGACUCCCUCUCUUUGUCCCUAACGAGAGAGCCUUAUAACUAAUAAGCCACCCCAUUUUUAUUUUAUUAUAUAUAUAUAUAUAUAUAUUUAACCUUAAUUUAUAUUUAUAUGUUGUAGACCAACCCAAUAGUCCUGCAAAUGUGCAAUUUCGAAGUCCUUUCUUUGUACAGCCCCAAAACCGCUAUUACUCAAAACCCAUCGCUCUCCUUCUCAUAAGGGUGGACAGAGACUGGAAGAGAAAAAAGAGGCAUGGAAAUUGGUGGGAACACAUUGGGUGGCGGUCACAGUGUAGGGAACCGAGGACAAAAUGGUAACAGUACUGCGACUAAUAGUACCAAUCUUGCUUGGGACAUAUGGGAGCUCAGUAAUUCUUCCCGGAUGGAUUGGACCAACACCACUAAUAAUACUACUUUCUACGCCACACCAGCUCCUGCUGCGGCGGAGACGUCAGCAUCAGCCGCCACGCUCCUCGAUCAGUGUCCUGCCCACUCGCUCGUCCUGACUCCUCGCGGUUACGGUGGUGGCGGGGCUGGUGGUGACGGUGAUGGUGGUGUGAUGUUACACCAUGAGGGGUGUGGGGGUCACUUGCAGCACCAGCAGUCGCUGUACGCCGGAGAUGGGUCCCACUUGCAUCCGGACCCACACCUCAUGUGCUUGAAGCUCGGCAAGAGGCACUACUUCGAGGACGCUACGUCUCCUCUGAGCGAAAGACACGUGUCUGGCUUUUCUAUAGGAAAGAGGGGGAAACCUUUGUAUGGUGGUGGAGGUGGGACGCCGUCGUCGUCGUCGGCGACGGUGCCUAGGUGCCAGGUGGAGGGGUGCCACGUGGCGCUGGUGAAUGCUAAGGAUUACCACAGGAGGCACAAGGUGUGUGAGAUGCACUCCAAGGCUCCCAAGGUGGUUGUUUUAGGGCUGGAGCAGCGCUUCUGUCAACAGUGUAGCAGGUUUCAUGUGGUGUCAGAGUUUGACGAAUCAAAAAGGAGUUGUAGGAGGAGAUUAGCAGGGCACAAUGAACGAAGGAGAAAGAGUUCUCAUGAUUCUAUCACCAGAAACUCUUCUCAGGAGAAUAAAUUGAUGGGAAGAUUUCCAUGCUUAUCAUCAUCGACAGGACGUGCUCUCUCUCUUCUGUCAUCUAAGGCUGAUUCUUGGGUACCUCCAUCGGAUCUCUCAUCAAGAUCUAGUGCUGCACUACGCGAGCUCAUCGCGGAGAACCGAGCUGCCAUUUUGGCUCGACAAAUCAUUUUGGACAGAGACUGGCAUUCGAACCAACAUGGAGCCGAUCAGGACUUAGGUGACCCACAACAACGUUCAGGCUUCAAUUCCAUUGAACCCAACCACCACCAUCACCAACACCACCACAUGUUUCCCGAGCAACAAGGUUGGGAUAGGUUCCAAGAAAGUGGUACUCAUGUCACCUUAGACCUCAUGCAGGCUCCUAGCCCUGCAUUCGGAUUCUUAUCUGCCAGAGGGAAAACUAAGAGUGAGGAAGAAGAGUGUUCUGAUUUGUGGAACUCCUUCAAUGGACCCAACUUGGUCUAAAUUUUUCCGGAGUUCAGUUAAUUUGAUUUCAUUAUUUAGUGUGUAAAUCGACUACUUUUAGAAUGCUAGCUUCUCUCGCAUCGGUCUAUGAUCUAGGUCGGUUUUUUUUUUUUUUUUUUUUCUAUGCAGUGGAUUCAUAAUGAUCCAUUCAAUCAUAGACUACCAUGUAUUGAAUUCUUUGAUUUGUAAAAUCGAUUAAUUAAAUAAAAUUUCCCCUCUCUAAAAUGCAAAUGAUGAGU